GGUGAAGGCGGUCAGAUCAAGCCGCCGAAAGUUCUGCUUUCCAACGAUUAUCGCCGAUUUUGUUCAACCUCUCACGCCUCCAAUCUUCAUCAUACUUUGUUAUUCACAGUCACCAUCUUUCACUUCCUCUCCUUCCAAAAUGUUCCAGAGAACCUUCCUCAGACAGGCCCAGCGGUCCCUCCGCUCUGUGCGCCCUACCUCCAUCAACACCUCCGCUCUCCGUCGCACGCCGCAGCUCCCCCAGGCUGUCCGCCCAAUUGCUCCUCAGUCGGCCUACCGGUUCUACUCUACUGAGAACAAGGCCGAGAAUGGCGAGAAGAAGGAGGGUGAAUCUGCCCAGGAGACUGAGGACCCCGUCCGCAAGGAGCUCGAGGAGAAGAAGAAGGAGGUCAUUGAGCUGAAGCUGCUCCGCUCGAAGGCCGACUUCCUCAACCUGCAGGAGCGCACCAAGCGUGAUAUGGAGAACUCCCGCAACUUCGCUAUCCAGCGCUUUGCUGGCGACCUCCUCGAGUCCAUUGACAACUUUGACCGCGCCCUCCUUGCUGUUCCCAAGGACAAGCUUGAUGCUCCCCAGACUGAAGCCAACAAGGACCUGUUGGAGCUCGUUUCCGGUCUGAAGAUGACUCAGAACAUCCUUUUGAACACCCUGAAGAAGCACGGUCUUGAGCGCUUUGACCCCAGCGAGCCCACUGAGGAUGGCAAGACCCAGAAGUUCGACCCCAACCUCCACGAGGCUACCUUCAUGGCCAAGGUUGAGGGCAAGGAGGAUGGUGACAUCAUGUACACCCAGAGCACCGGAUUCCGCCUCAACGGUCGCGUUCUUCGCGCUGCCAAGGUCGGUGUCGUCAAGAACUAGACGCUUCGCCAACACUCUUAAACAUUUUCUCUCCCUUUCCGCCUCCCUGUCUUAUAUUCUUGUUGUAUAAUAUACCAAAUACG